UUCACCAAUAUUCACAAGCCAAAGAAGAACCAAAACAUGGCAACCCAUAAUAAACAAGCAUCCUUCCUACUAUUCUCCCUACUAAUCAUCAUCUCUUUGUUCAAGUCCUCUCAAGCGGCUGGGAUUGCCAUUUAUUGGGGCCAAAGCGGCAAUGAAGGCUCUUUGGCUGACACUUGUGCAACGGGAAAUUAUCAAUAUGUGAACAUAGCUUUCUUAACCACAUUUGGUGGCGGCAAGACCCCCGUACUAAACCUAGCCGGACACUGUAAUCCCAGUGUCAAUGGUUGUACCCGUCUAAGCACUCCUAUCAAAGCUUGCCAAGCUCGAGGCAUCAAAGUCCUCCUUUCUAUUGGUGGUGGCAUCGGAAGCUACUCUCUUUCUUCGGUCGACGAUGCAAAGCAAGUAGCCAACUACCUUUGGAAUAACUACUUAGGCGGUAGCUCAAAUUCACGCCCUCUAGGCGAUGCGGUUUUGGAUGGUAUUGAUUUUGACAUUGAGGCUGGCGGUUCAAACCACUGGGAUGAACUCGCUAGGUCACUUAGCGGGUUCAGCCAACAAAAAAAGGUGUACUUAGCAGCAGCUCCACAGUGUCCAUUCCCAGACGCUCACCUAGAUGCCGCUAUCAAAACAGGCUUAUUUGAUUAUGUUUGGGUUCAAUUCUACAACAACGGUCAAUGUCAAUACGCAGGCAAUGCUAACAACCUUUUGAGUGCGUGGAAGAAAUGGGCCACGGUUCAAGCUAAGCAAGUGUUCUUGGGGCUGCCGGCGGCUGCCGCAGCUGCUCCAAGCGGUGGAUUUAUUCCGGCCGAUGUGCUCAAGGCUCAAGUUCUUCCAUCCAUUAAGAGUUCACCGAAGUAUGGAGGGGUUAUGCUUUGGAGCAAAUUGUUUGAUAAUGGGUAUAGUGCAGCCAUAAAGGGCAGCAUCUAGAUCGCAUGCAUGCCUAAUAAAUAAGUUACACAUCACAUGCGCGCAAUUGGUUUCCCUAUCUAUGGUGUAACAUCAUGUACUUUUAUGAGAAGUAGCUAGCCUCUGAAUAAGUUACAGAUCAAUAGAUGUUUCGCUACCUUUUAUGGAUAUUGUAACAUGCAUGUAUCUUUAUGACAACUACCCUCUUAAUUAGUACGCUUUAA